GGAUAAUCUCUAGAUGUGGUGCACAUGGAAAAGGCGCCUGUAUUUAUGCUUUACACACGCGAGUACCAGCUUUGCGAACAGAAGCUGAACUGCACGCCACCGAACCGUACUUGACCACCUGACAAACAACCGGAAGUCGCGUCGCAGGGCGCGUUAAUGACGUCACACGCGGAACCAUGGUGUCUGUGUUCGAACGGCGCUCAUUGGCUACGCGCUCCUCUGACGACUUCCGCGUGCUUGCGCUCUCUGUUUAGGUGCCUCAGAGCUGCAGCGGCCCCGCUCUGGCACUGCCUUCAGUGGCACGUUACUGGCGAAAAUGUCCAAGUCGGAGCAAGUUUUAAUUCUCGAUCCACCGAGCGAUCUCAAGUUUAAAGGACCCUUUACCGACGUAGUGACCACAAAUCUCAAGUUGAGGAACCCUUCAGAUAAAAAAGUAUGUUUCAAAGUGAAGACCACAGCACCUCGCAGGUACUGCGUACGGCCAAACAGCGGCAUCGUCGAACCCGGCACCAGCGUCACAGUCUCCGUGAUGCUGCAGCCGUUUGAUUACGAUCCCAAUGAGAAAAGUAAACACAAGUUUAUGGUACAGACCAUCGUUGCUCCGCCGAAUGUUUCGGACUUGGAAGCCGUGUGGAAGGAUGCAAAACCUGAAGAUCUGAUGGAUUCCAAGCUGAGGUGCAUCUUUGAGCUGCCAUCUGAUAACGAUAAGAUGAAUGAUGUUGCCAGCCCUGUGCUUAAUGCUGCAAAAGCAGAUGGUUCCUUAGUCACCAAGGCGAGCUGCUCCUCCCUGGAUGACACAGAGGUGAAGAAGCUCAUGGAGGAGUGCAAGAGGCUCCAGUGCGAAGCUUCCAAACUUGCCGAUGAGAAUCGAACCCUGAAGGACAGGGGCUUGAGCAUGAGGAGCGCUCCACCCAUGGAAAGCUUUGUAUCGAACACACGUGUCGCAGCAGGCAGAGACCACAGCUCCGGCUCUCUCCCCUCCCUGCUCGUCGUCAUCGCUGCCAUUUUCAUCGGAUUCUUCCUGGGGAAGUUCGUCUUGUAGGAGAAGAGAAGCACCGCAGCCGUGUCUUUGUCUUCUGGAAGGCCGAGGAGGGAAACGUGUUCCGUGUACCUGCCGCGUAUUGGCAGGCGCCCGCGCAGCCCCGACUAGGUCCGCGUUCAGACGGCAUUGUCACGAGUCGUUUUAACGGUCUCUCCCACACGGUUAUUUCCCAUCCACUCUAGAACAUGGACAUACUCCGUAAUUUGUUUUUGCUUUGUUUUCACUUCUUCGGCGAUGUGAUGCGUUUGCGGACUGAACGAAGAAGAAGAACAAAAUCCUCAAUUUGUCAGAGCAUCGGUGUGGGGAAGGUCAGGGCACCACAUGGGCACCUUGGUUGAAAUUCCAAAGCAAGUAAAUUUGUUUGUUCUUUCUCUUUAUAGUUCUAAUGUUUGGAAAGAAUACAUGUUAUUGUAAAUGUUAUUUUAUUCAUUUUAAAGCAGGAAAAAACUACAAACAAAUCUUCAUAAUGUUGCUGGAUCACCUCUGAAUUGUGUUAAAUGGAAUCCUAAUUGUUUUCUUUUGGGGGGGGGGGGGGUGAGAAUGUGUGAAGCUCGAGGGAUGCAGUGCCUCCUUUUAUGCAUAUUUUCGAAAUGAUUUCCUAUCCUUGCUGACUGCAACUUGUAUUAAUAAAAUUACUUGUUUCUCUCUAUGUCCAUUGUAAGGCAAAUGCUGACUGAAAUAAGGUCUCCAUUCUUACAGUACUGUUCCAUGAUAUUUAACGUUGAUAAAAUAAUAAAAUCUUUAGCAUUUUA